CGGGUUGCCAUGGCGCUCUGUCCCGCCCCCCGCUCUGUGUUUACAUCGGGCAGGAGGAGCUGGGGACUCCGCAGCCGUCGCGUCCUGCUCCGUGCGCUGCAGCGCUCCAUCCGCCCCGAGCAGCGGGAGGGCAAGAGCGCGCCGGCAUGAAGGAGCCUGUGUCCUUGGCAACAACUCUUCUAGUCUGGGUUGAAUGGGGAAAGGAUGACUACAAGGAACUAUUUCAGUCUUGUCCAUGGUUUGUGCUGGCAGGCCAGCAUGAUACAAGAACAUCUCUACUGGCCUCUGCCUUGAUCACAGCUGGUUCUGUCUUUUUAUCCCUAGAACACCUAAUUCAGGACUAGAGUAGGCUUGCAUCUAAUAAUUGCAUCUAAUUGCCAUCUGGAUAAAUAGCAAAUAUUUGCAGCCUGCCGUAAUCUAACUCGCUUCUUAAUGGAGAGAAUCUGACUCUCCAUGCUGUACUUUGCAACAUCACAUACACUUGUGCAAAGUGAAUGUAAAAUGCUGUCGUCUGGUGGCAUUUUGCACUCUGUGUACUUUAUGUAAAAGACAAAAGGUGCAAAGCAGCUGCAAGCAAUGAAGAAUCUCUGGUUUGGAUCUUGGUGGUGGUGUCUCUUACAACCAAAUUUGAGUGUAGUGAUUUUUCUCUCAUGUUGCCUGACUGAGGGGCAGAUGGUGUUGGAGAUCCUCUAUAAAGUCUGUGUUUUCUGGCAAGGACCCAGCUCGGAAACGCAGAUGGUCGAAGAUGAAGCUGAGACAACCAGUGAAGAACUGCCCCCUCAUCUGCGGGAGGAGCCUCCUGAAGGGAGUUCACUGUACAGCCGAGAGAUGUAAUGCCAGUUUUUUUUUUGUUUUGGUUUGGUUUUUUUUGCCUGUAUUUCUUAGGUAUUUCUGCAUCAUCAAAUAUCCGGGCAUCUGGAGUAUCUGCUGGCUCUUUCAAGACUACUCCAGCAAGGACCAUCCACAACAGCAGGCAGGAGUGAUCUGGAGAGUGACGGGAGGCCUGUUCAGCAUCACGCGGGGAGCUGUGGGGGCAACGUUGGGAGGAGUUGCCUGGGUUGGCAGCAAGAGCCUGGAACUCACCAAAACAGCUGUGACCAGUGUCCCUGCCGCCAGUGUUGGACUGGUAAAGGGCGGCGUCUCAGUGGUGACCAGCGGCGUGGGAGCUGUGGGCAGUGCCGUGGCCAACAAAGUCCCUUUCACCACAAAGAAGAAGGACAAGGCUGACUAACCCUGAUUGCAGCUUCCUUACAAAAGAUCAGUCCAUACGCUCCCUCUCCACAGCACCUCUUCAGAUUGGAAACAGCCGCCUCAGGGAGGGGGCAAAGCACCAGGGCAGACUCCAGCUGCAGCCCACUCAGCACCACCUGCCUGGCUCAGAGCUCACAGAGUCACUGCAAAUUCCUUUCACUCCUAACACCUACUGGGGGCCCGCUCUCCUCCGAGGGCUUUUGAAGGCACAGCUUCUCUACCCUGCAGUUUCGUUCCCCUUUCUUGCUCUCCCAAGCACAGAGGAGUGGAAGUGGGCAUUGGGAGAUGGCAGGGGGUGGGUGGGAAGAACUGUGCUUCAGCAUGAAGCCCACACACGCUCCUGAUGUUCCUUUCAUUGUAUUUAGUUCGGGUUCAGCUUCAGGCCCCUGGGAGGUGUUCUUAAGGUUUGCUGGGGGGAAGGAGAGAAUUGUUAUAAGAAAGUCCCAUUGACAUGAAGAAGAGAUACUGUGGCUAAUGAAGGCUUGUUCCUCCCCCGGAGAAAUCGAGGGGAGUACCCAUAUCCCUUUGUCUAUAGGUUUCAGUCCCCAAGCUGGUCCUCCCAGCUCUGCACUCAGGCGAAGUGUGCCCUUGGAAAGGGAACCCUCAGCCCUAGCAGAGCAGCUCCCAUGUCACACGAUAUCACACGAGUAUGUUGUACAAACUGGAGCAGAUUUCCUAGUUUAGGGGUGAAUGGAGGAGGAAAUGUCUGUGUCUGUAGCCUGGGGAGGGGAGUACCAGGUCACCAUAGCGCCAGAGUCAGAGGCACCAUUGCAACGUUACAGCAAGGAGGCUAAGCCCCUGUAAUGUUAUAGCAGAAGGCAGCACUGCUGCCAUAAUAUUAUGGCAAUAGGCAGCCAGUGCAGCUUCAGCAGUAAGGGGCACCAAAGCUUUUGUCACAGGUGAUGCAGACUUGGCCUUAAUGUAAGCUGGUGCAACCUGCUGAAGUCAUUGGCAUUUCUCCCAUGCAAGGCAGAGUCAGUCUGGCUCCAUGCCUUGCUCACGGUACCGCUCCUCAGCUGUGUUAAAGAACAUACGUUUUAAAGGUGGGGACCCUGGUUUGCCUCCACGGGAUGUAAUGUUAAACCCUGGUAAAGCAUGUUCCUGAACCUAAUUUGAGUCCUGCAGUAGCCUACUACACCACUCUUACUAUGGCUGGGCACCUCAAAGAACAACUCCCUGAGGUGUAGUGGCAUCAUUGUGACCACACAAGCCUGCUUUAGAGAGUGAUUUCCCUGGAUCAGUGGGAGUACGCUCCAAAGCAGGCGAGCACAGAGCUAGUGUGCACACUGCAUCAGCAAUUCAUACACCACACACUACUCACGGGGUUCCAGCCUGCCUCAGUAGAACGAGCAUGUGACACUAAAUAGUCAUCCUGUGGUCUUCAGCUCAGCACAGACCCAGAAACUGAGUCUGCUGCUGCCUCUCCGUCCUAACCCACUCUGUCACAUGAUUCUCUCUCUCUCCCUGAGUCCCCUGCAAUCCCCAGGAUUAAUGGGAUAAGGAAAGCCCCAGGUUCCAGCAUUAACUCUGCCUUUCCUGGCUUUUGCCAGGUUUUUUGCCUAGAUUGUUAGGUUUGGGGGUGCAUAGAAAAGUGACACAGUGUUUGCAAUGUAUUUUAUAAAUAUGCAUCUAUAUUAGCAUGUGUGUAUGUAAUCUGCAGUACACAGGCAUGUUUUCAACCAGGUAAACUAACCUGUGCCAUUGCUGCAGACCUGUUCACAUAUUCGUCUUUGGCAGGUUCCAGCAUAUCGUUUUUUAUAGAGGGACGCUGUCUGAAUAAAAAUCAUGUUUUAGCA